AUUGUUAAUGCUUUUUUAAUGUCUGCGCUUCUAGAACGGCUAGAUGAACAAUAUUUUUGCGUUAGUGCGCGACACAACAAAAUAAUUUCAAUUUCUGUUUAUAUGCUGUCAAUAAAAGCAAUAGCCAUCGUCGCCGCAUAACUCUAACCCGUUUUAGAUGUGCCAACAUGGCGCACAAGCGAUUAAAAACAGAGGGCAUGGAAACGAAUUACAAAUUUUCGUGUCGCUGUUGCCUCAAAUCCGAAGCGGAAUUCUACAAACUAGACUCGCUAAUCGAGUGCGGCAGUGGCGAAAAUGACGCGUCCUCUACAAAAAUACCCCUACUGCGUUUACUAUUAUUCUGCAUGCGCAUCGAAAAUCAGCCCGAGCUGCCGCAAUACAUAUGCGUGGAGUGUAGUAAGAGUUUGCAAAUCUCCUACUAUUUCAUACAGAACGGACUGAGAGCACAUGAAAUACUCUGUCGGAAACUGUGCCCCGGCAAGCUAAAGCUAAACUCGACGCGUUCCAAUGGUCAACAGCCAACACAAAGGCUCGAGUCCAACGAGAGCGAGGAUGCGUCGCUGUCCAGACUCUGGGAUCAAAAGCCACAAAAGUCUAUGACGCGGCACGAAUGUAAAGUAUGCGGUACCAUGGUAUACAAUCGCAUGGAGCUCAAGCAGCACAUACGCAUGCACGCAGAUGCAUCGAGUCAUCAGUGCAAAUUGUGCAGCUUUGUCACGUACAAGCACCGCCAGCUGCCGGAACAUUAUCGCAAAGUACAUGGCCUGACGGCUGCCCAAAUUGAGCAUCAGCUCAAGAUCCGCAGAUCCAUGCAGGCAGCUGCAAACGCAAUAAAAUCACCGCCAAAACUACCAAUAGAACCAGGAGAUGGCGAGGAGCAAGUGAAGGUCUGCACUCUGGAGGAUAUGGAACUGUUGAUUCCCACUGUGCUGACGCCAGAAGAUUUUUCGCAUCCUCAACUUGAUGCGGAUCAGCUGCGUGAUAUAGAGCAACAAUUGGCGAACUCGUUGCCCGUCGUACAGUCCACCACCCAGGCGGCUGAGCCAACAAUAGGGUGUGGCAAUAGCGGCAAUGUAAGCAUAGGUGCCGAGUUUCUGGUCAUGCCCGAUGGCUCCUUGCAGCAAGUGAAUGAUGGCGGUGUGGUAUUCGAGUACAUUGACGACAGCAAAAACGGCAAUGGGGCGGCACCUAACAUGACAUUACAGAGCCUACUGGAUGAUUCCAAGCCUGACUUGACAUAUAGUGCAAUGGACAUCGACUUAAGUCAUAUGUCUGUGGGCAAUGUAUUGCCACAGAUAAAAGUCAAGCCGAAGGCACGACCAGCUCCCGCGUCUACUGGCGCACUGAAACAUAAAUGCAAGCUGUGUCCAAAAGCAUUUCCCACGAUGGCACGUCUGAAAUCUCAUCAAUUAACGCAUAGUCAUUUGCCAAAAUUCUAUUGCGAUCAGUGCUCCUAUUAUUCGCUACGCAGCGCCGAUCUCAUCCAGCAUUAUACGACGGAACACAAGUCCAGCGUUGGCGAUAAUCGUUCGAAUAAUUUGGAUAGAUCCCAAUUACUUUUGCCGGCAGAUAAAAGUCGCAUUUAUUCCUGCGAUAUGUGUCUGUUCGAGGCGCCAACCAGUGGGCAACUGCGUGUGCACUACAGCGAUAAGCAUCUGAUAGUGCCCAGUGAGGUGCAACUGCGUCCCAGUUGGACGCAUGAGCCGAAGCAGGGGGGCGCUAAUACAAUGGUAAACAGUGGUAAUGCUUCCAGCCAGCCUGAUAUUCCAGUUGCCAUAAAAUAUCCUUCCAUGACGUCAGCGGCAUCCACUGCAUCAACUACAUUAACAACUCCGUGUGCGCCACAAAUUAUGGAAUCAACAACGACAACAACAACUGUGGGAACAACUAUGAAUGAGCUAAAUGUUGUGGUGGAUACCACACCAUUGUUCUAUGCAGCAACUGCAGAGCAGUUACCGAAUACUGAUGCGACAACAUCAGUAACAACGGCAGCUACAGAGUCAAAUACAUUUUCAAUGUUCCCAGAGCAAUCGUUUGCUAACAGCCUGACAACACCAACAAAAACACCGCCAACAAUUGCAGCAGAUGCAAACGGUGUGGGAAUCGCCACAUCGGCCACAACAAAUCCAAACACAAGUAUAUUUGGUGAUAUGCAAGAUUUUAUAGAUAAUACCGAUGUGGCUGCCAUUUGUACCAUACCCGCCGAUGAUAUGCCUGUCGUUGAUGGAGAUGAUAUUGUUAUUGAUAACAAUAAUAUCAGUUUGGACUUUGAUGCGGAAAAUCUAUUCGAGGAUUUUGAAGAUGUCGAGGUUGGCGAAGAGGAUGAAGAAGACGAGGAGGAUGCUGAAAAUGAGGAUGAAAAUGACAACAACGAUGCGGCUGCUGAUCAGAAUCUGUUGCUUACCAGUGACGAUGACGAUGUUGACGACUUCGAUGAUGAACAAUCGAAGCAUCUGCAGAAACCGUAUUGCAUCCAUUGUAAUAAGAAGUUCACCAGCCAAUAUAAGUUCGAGAAUCACAUGUUCGUGCACCGCGGUUUGGCGCCGUAUCGCUGUGAGCUGUGCACCAAUUUGUAUAAUAUGAAACGACUGCUCAUUCGACAUUAUAAGACGGUGCAUAAGCGCAUGCCCACACGGGACAUGGUGCAGGCCAAGGGCGACAAGGUUUCUGUGGCUCGUACAGCCAUUGAGAAGAUAAAUGUUCACGUUGACAAAAAUCCUAUGGUAAUGUGUGCUAAAUGUCCAUUUGAAUGCGAACAGGAGGGUGAAAUGCGCAAACAUUUAAGUGCGCAUCAUGGCAUUAAUGAUGGUGGGUCUACGCAUGCCAAUGAGGUGUUUAUCAUACGCAAAUUGCCUUAUGACUGUCCACGCUGUAUUCGGUCCUUUGCGGCUAAGCGCACGCUUAUAAGACAUCUGCAGCGUAGCCAUUUAGUGGACACAAUUAUUGAGAUGCAGGCGCCUCAAUUGACAACUAGUUCAGCGGCAACCACGACCACAUCGACGGCAACAACUACAUUGCCGCUCAACGCCAGUGAUGGCAAUAUAUCAACAACAGCAACAACAACAUUGGGGACAACAACUCCACUAGAUUCGAACAUAUUGGGGCAGCAUUUCUCGGACUCUGUGGAUGGUGAUGGCAAUGGCAGCGGUGGAGGCGAUGGCAACGGCGAUGGCGAUGGCAAUGGAAAAUGCGACAGGGACACAGGAUUCACAACGGAAAAUGUAACCACAAAUACACAAACCGAAGCACCAAAAGACACAAUCGAUGCAACCACAACUGAACCUACUGAACCUACUGGAUCAACAGAACCAGCAAACACUAACACCACAGAAGCAGAAACACCAUCAAUAACAACAACAAGUGAAGAAGGACCAGCAACAACAGCAACUGCUGGCUCAGCACUCUUUCCAACGCCCACUCCAUUUGACUUCGAUCUUGAUUUUAUAGGCGAUGGAGAGCAUGCCACGACCAUUAAGAACAGCGACAGCUUCAGCAUUGAACCCAAUCACAGUCACCUAUUGAAUGGAACCGAUAAGCUACUGACUGCUGCGUUAGAGCCAUCGCCAGUUAAAGACCUGCGCUCGCGCCUACCCCGUACCCCCAUCUUUGUGUGCAAGCAAUGUAAUCACACCUUCGAUGAGCUUGGCAAGCUGUUGCAGCACGAGCUGGAGCAACAUUCCAGCGGCAUUAUAUCGCCGCGCAAUAGUUACCAGCAUCAGUGCAAGAUCUGCAAUACAACAUACCGCACUGUAACGCUACUUAACUAUCACAUGAAACGGCAUACGACAGUAAAAGUUCCAUGCAAACAGUGUCCUAAAGAGUUUGCAAACACAUCCGAAUUGGAGUCGCAUUUACUGGCGGAGCAUAGCGUCGGAGCACAGACGCCUCUCAAAUGCGGCAUUAAUGGCUGCACUAAGACAUUUAACUACAAGCAUCAUCUGAAACGACAUCAGACUGCCUCCCACACGGCCGUACAGUAUAUUUGCCCGGAAUGCGGACGCGAUAUGCUUACUAGUCUGCAUCUCAGGAAUCAUAUGUCCAGCCAUAAGAGCACACACUCUUACAAGUGUCCCAAAUGUGUGCGCACCUAUAUGAGGCGCAAUCCUUUUCGCAGACAUGCGCUACGUGAGCACAAGUGGGAGCUGACCGAGCAGGAGAUUGAUCAAAUUUACUGUAUUAAUGAUAUACCGACUUUGGGUAAAUUUCGUGAGCGUAGAUCGUUGAAGGUUGAGAUCGACCAGUCCGACUAGCCAGCCAUCUGACGCAUCAAGCUGAAAGUAAAAAUGAUAAGAAUUGUGUAAUUUAAUGGCAACCUGUACAAAGAUAUUUGUAGUAUAAGCAUACAAUGUAACACUCAUCUAAACGCUUUAAUGCAUACCUUAUUUUAGAUUUACACUUAACAUGGCAAUCAAGUAUGCUUAUAUUUUAGAUAUAUAAGUAUCCAGUUAUAUAUCUAAGAUAUGCAUAUCGAAAUAGUAAAUCGAGUGUUAUUUGUUCAUACCUUUGUGAAAAGGUAUUAUUAUUAUGGUUACGUAGAGACAUUAUAAGCAUUAACUCAGUUUUUAUUUAGCAUCUCCAAGAUUUAAACAUUCAUGUAAAGCACAUUUAUAAUAUACCUGCAUCAUUACUUAAAUCUAUUUUGUUAACAGUAAUAAAGUUUAAUUGUUUAGUAAUGCAUCUACAUCAAUUUGAAGUGCUGUCUUUGCCAUCAAUGCGUACAUUAAUUAGUAUCUGUAUAACUUAUAUAUAUGUACAUAUAAUUGUAUAAAUAUAGAGUACUUAGAUAUUAACCUGUCCAAACCUAAGUUUUAAAGACAAUUCUUUUCUAAAACAAAAGUGUAUUUCUUUAACUAGCUGAUUAAAUUGGACUUGUGAGUCCAUCAUUACCUAAUUAAUAUAAACGAAACUUUAAAUGAUACUUA